AUGUCAUAUUGUCACCCAUGUAGGUAGCAGCAGAAUUGGAAACCAACUAAAGCAUUUUUUUAAUUAUUUUUUGGAGAGGUAGUCCGUUUUACUACGAACAACAAUAUUAUAAAUAUGUCUCUUGGCCCUGUUAAAAAUUUAAGACAGAGAAUCUAGCAAGCUAGUAGAAAAUAAGAGAGUGUUUAUUUGAUUAAGAUCACACCACCGAGACAGAGUGAAACAGAAAAUCAAGGCAGAGAAUCAGAGAUAGAGAGAUGAGGGUGUUUCCGAUGUUCAAAUAUUUUUCUAGAGCCGUGCAUGAGGAACAAGAACGUGAGCAUGACGAUGAGGAGAAAAACGUUGUAGGAAGCUUGUGCACAUCCCGAACAGUUUGGAGAAAAUCGCUGGUGAUGAGUUGCAAAGGAUUCACGGUGUUUGAUUCUUAUGGAGAUUUGGUGUAUAGGGUCGAUAAUUAUAUUGGGCGCCCCAAUGAAGUCAUUCUCAUGGAUGCCUCAGGAAAACCCAUCCUCACUAUGUGCCGCCGCAGGAAGCUUGGAUUGUUAGAUAGCUGGUUUAUGUAUGAAGGGGAAUUGGGGAACCAGCGUACGAGGAGUAGUAGCUUGUCCAAGUCAUCAAGGAGUCCAAUUUGUUGUGUAAGGAAGCAUGUGAAUCUUUUACAUGGCAACUCCAACAUUCAGGCGUACGUGUAUCGUGGAGAUUCACAUUCAGAUAAACGGUGUGCUGCUUUUGUUAUAGAGGGUUCAUACGCACAUCGAACAUGUAAGGUGUUGGAUGAGUGCAAAAGGGUCGUAGCUGAAACAAAGAGGAAGGAAGCCAACACCAAAAACGUCUCUUUUGGGAUAGAGAUUUUUCAGUUAAUUGUGCAUCCUGGCUUUGAUCAUGCCUUCGCCAUGGCACUCGUCUUACUCCUCGAUCAAAUGUUUUCGUGACACUUCUCUUUACCCAUAUAAGCUUUCUAUUUCAUGUAUUGUUAAUAUUUUGAGAUGGAGCAUACAUUUCAAAUUUUGAUAUUUUUGUUAAAUGCAUUUUAGAUCAUCGUGGUCUUGAGAGAGAUAAUAAAUAAAUGAUGC